UACAGGGCUGUCACUCCUGCAGCUCAAAAACACAGGGACAACUGCUUCAGCCUGCUCACGGCUAUCUCAACAAUGGGUCUGCCGAGUAUUCAUUAAAUUAUGUCAUUAAAUGGAUCUGACCCCAGUGGUUUCUUUGGAGAUGGGUCCUGCAGCCCCCGGGGCUCCCCGCAAGCCCGGACACCAUUACCAGACCCCUCGGCCCUGCACAAGGAGCCCACUCGAACACGGCCCCGUGCCUGAGCGCACACCGGCCCAGGUGACAGGCGUGAGGUGUCCCCAGGGCGGGCUCAGUGCCCCGGCACAGGUUCAGUGUCCCCGGGACAGUCUGAGCGUCUCCGGGCCGUGCCACCGUGUCUGCCCACAGCUGGGAAGCAGAAACGCGUCGGGUUUCCCCACAAACACCGUGGCUGCCCAGCCGGCUGCGGGCGCCGGGGGGGCAGAUCCCCCCAAAGAAAGGAGCUGUGACAGGAGUGCCCUAUAAAGCCGGGACCGGGGGAUGGCCGUCGAGUCUCUUCACCUGUCUCUGUUUCCAUUCAGCGGCGAGGCCGAGCAGCCCAGAGCGGCUCCCAGAGGCGCAGCCAGGCUCGGCUGGGCGGCCGCGGGCGGAGGAGGGGCCGCCGCCUCUUUAAACUUGCCGUGAGGGCCGGGCCGCCCCGCCCGGGGCAGCGGGGUCCCCUCAGCGCCCGGCGGGGACGCGCCGCCCCCGGCCCCGCUCCCCUCAGCCGCGGCCCGGGCGGGUCCGUGCAGCGCGGAGCGGCGGGGCCCGGCCGCGGGCUGUGAGGGGGCUCCGCCGUGCCCCGCGGGGGGAGCCGGGCAGCGCCGCCGCCUCCCGCCCGCCUCAGCCCGCCUCCCGCCCGCCAUGGCCGCCCGCGGAGCCGAGCGGCGCCGAGCCGAGCGCCGCGGCAGUGCCGGGGUCUGGCCGCUGCCUGGCAGCGCCCCGUGAGCGGGGACAGCGGGCGGCGUGUCCCUGCGCUCGGUCCUGCCCCCCGUCCUCCUCCCGGAGCGGCGAUGAGCGAGACCCGCGCCGGGGGAGUCGCCGCCUAGACCGGCAGCCAGGAUGGUGCCCCUGCAGCCCCUGCCCCUCGUCGUGGUCCAGGGCGUCCUCCAGCUCGUGUUCUGUGACACCGGCCGGGUCGUACAGGCCGCGGACGUGCUGGACUGGGAGGACAAGGACGCUGCAGAGACACUGGUUGACAACGUGGUCCAUUCCAGGAUCAUCAACCCUUUACGCCUCUUUGUCAAGCCAUCCCCAGUGCUGAAACACGGCCAGGUGUCCUACUCGGACAGCAUAGAAAACUUUUGGGAUUGGUUGUCCAACAUCACGGAGGUUCAGGAAUCUCUGGCACGAACUAAACGCAGACCUAUCGUAAAAACUGGGAAAUUCAAGAAAAUGUUUGGAUGGGGCGACUUCCACUCCAACAUCAAAACUGUAAAGCUGAACCUCCUGAUCACGGGGAAAAUCGUCGAUCACGGCAAUGGAACCUUCAGCGUUUACUUCCGGCACAACUCCACGGGCCUGGGGAAUGUUUCUGUCAGCCUGGUGCCGCCUUCCAAAGUGGUCGAGUUCGAGCCGUCUCCACAGUCCACGCUGGAGACCAAGGAGUCCAAGUCCUUCAACUGCCGCAUCGAGUACGAGAAAACAGACCGUGCUAAAAAAACUGCCUUGUGCAACUUUGACCCUUCCAAGAUCUGCUACCAAGAGCAGACCCAAAGCCAUGUGUCCUGGUUGUGUUCCAAACCCUUCAAAGUCAUCUGCAUUUACAUCGCUUUCUACAGCGUAGAUUACAAACUGGUGCAGAAGGUCUGUCCCGACUACAACUACCACAGCGAGACGCCGUACCUGUCCUCCGGCUGACCCGCCCCGGGGCUGGGGGAUCACUCACAACAAUUAACCUUCUGGAGAAGAAUAUGUUUUCCUAUCAGGUUAAAAAAAGUCUCUAAAAACUGUAGCUGUGUUUGUGCUGUAUCGUAACUAAUCCAGCUGUUUAUGUAACAAUCGUUUUCGUUUGAGGCUGUUGCAUUUUAGCUCUCUCGUCAUUCAUUCGUAAGGGAACUGCCAGGCUGGCACGUGACAAAAAUCAAACAAAAUUAUGUCUGCAAUGAAUACUGAUGUAAAAAUUCACUUUUUGUAAACAACUCCACGGCAGAGAGGUUGUCUUUUACUUGAAUUGGACAACGCUUAGCAGGUCCUAUUUUUUUGUUGGGAAUUUUAGGUGACAAUAGAAAGAACAAAUGAUGAAGGAGCCUCAAAGCUGUUCAUAUUUCAAAUGAACAUCUGUCCCACUGAUUUCUUAAAGAAUGUUACACAGAGGGCUCAAGUAGUCAAGUCCAAAUACUAAGAGGAAGUGCUAAUUCUUUGGAAAAAAAAAAGGAAAGAAAUCUGCAUUUUUAUAAGUUGUAGUAGCUGUAGGUGUUCAUUGAAGUGAAGGGUGAGUAGUUCUUCCUUCAGACUUCCUACCCAUGGAUAUGCAAUGAUGCAAUUAGACCUCAAUGAGCUUUCAUUUAUUAGACCCCACAGGUGUGCACGUGUGGUGUCCAUUCCUUCCUCCCGUGCCCACCACUGGGUUUGAUUCCUCUCACACAUUCACACAAGCACACCCCAGUAUUAGUUUUGAAGCAACUGAGAACCUAUAAAUACCUGGGAAAAAAAUAAUCUCUGUUUAAGUCAACCUGAUCUAGUGCAAGGUGCCCCUGCCCAUGGCAGGGGGGCUUGGAACUGGAUAAUCUUUAAGAUUCAUUCCAACCCAAACCAUUCUGUGAUUCUCUGAAGUCUGAACUGUAACGGGGGCUGGCUUCCAGGCAUUGGAAGCAAUUAUUUUGAUAUCCAGCCUCGGAGCAUUAAAGUGCAGCAAGGAAAACACAUCAGAGCACAAGGAUGAUCCCUGAACAAGCAGCUUUCUCCUUCUUGGCACCACUUGUUCCCUUAGCACUGCACUGCACACCUUAAGUCAAAGUAUCAGCCAUGACAAAGAGAGAGAGAACAAAAAUCUAUGCACCUUCACCUCCUAAAGCAGGUGUUGAAACUGUUAAUACUCACACAGAGCCAGGCUUUCCCCUAGUGCAGAGCCAGCUCCCUGCCCUGCAGCUGCAGCAAGGGAGGCUCCAGCUGUGGCUGUGUUUCACCAGGUGUGGUCCCACUGCAGUCAGGAGGGGUUGGCUCUGCCACUCAGGUUCCAGUAUCAUCACUGGGAACUGAUCUGCUGCUGCUGCUGCCACUUUGCUGUGCUGCUGCUCCUCUGUGGCAGUUCCGUGUCACAGGCCCUGUGGAGGAGGUGCUGAGUGCCUCGGCUCAGACACGCUCGCAGGGUUUGAGAAGUUACACACAGCCUAAAUAAAGCACCAUUGAACUGCUCUGUUUGGUGAUGUGCACACAGACAAGUGACGAUGGCAGCUCGAAGGACUCACUCAUGAGAUUAAUUCUGAUUUCCUUGGUAAAGACUCACACAAAAAAAUUACUCUGUUGAAAAUAUACGAGUAACCGGGUGAUUUGUUUUUCUCUUUAGGUGACAGAUUUAAAUGUGUGGUUUAGUUUGAUCAAUAAUCUAAAUGUUUUCCUUCAUCUUAUUUCAUACCGAGUCUCUCCUGUUCUAUAAUGAUGGUUUUUAGUUUGCCUAUUCCUGUCGAUUCCAACAAGUUGGUCUACUUUGUAUUCUGUAUAGCGUGUCCUCGCCCCAGCUGUACAUGAGCUUGGAUUUAUUGCUAAGAGUUCAGUGGUUGGUGCUUUUGUAACUUAGCUGUAAGCCAUGAUUUUAUUGCCAUGUGUUUUUACUUAGCACUGUAGGCAAUUAAAAGAAAACCCUACAUGCUAUUUAUUGCAGAGUAUGUGGAAACCAUGUAUGUAUAUACACUUAAAUAUGUGUACAUAUACAGAACAUAUGUGUACAUGUAUUUGUAUGUAAAUAAAGAGAGUUUAUUAAAUCUGGCACUUGCUUGUGGCCUAUUUGAUUUUUGGUUUUAAAUGUUGCCAGUAUGAAGACACAAAGUAAAAAAACUAAGGCACAGCAUCAUCUCACUGAACAUUUUGCCCAGCUGGAAUUUGUUUUUCUAGGAGAUAUUUAAAUGUGUGCUACAGUGAACCGUGUACAAGCCUAGGCAGAGUAGGUUCAGCAGCAUUCCGUGAUAUUUGAGAAAUGAAGCGCAUGUUUUGGCGAAGACAGUCAUUAACUGUUUGUUAAUUACACAAGGUACAUUAAAAGCCAAGGGGAAAGCUUAAACUGGACAACAUUCCCAAGCAGGAACACUCUGGGAGAGAGGGCAGCUCGCUGCUGAUUCAGCCCUUGCUCAGCUCCUCAUCGAAAGGGGAGCUGGAUUCUCCUCCCCCUGGCCCUGGCACUUCCCAGGCUGAGAUUUCCAGGCCUGGGGAAGACAAACCACGGGAGAAGCAAACCCCGCUCUCCUCCCACCCAGCCCUGGCUCCUGGAGCUGGAGCAGGGGGAGGGAGCCGGGACACCAAACUCCACCACACCCAACAAGUCCCCACCACUCUUCUUCCAACCACAACAUUUCAUGGGUCAGCUUAAAAGCAGGUGGUUGGGUUUUCUUUCAGAUCAAUUUUGAAAACAUCAUGAAAAAAAAAAAAAAAACCACACUAAAAACAACCCAACCAGUGACAUUCUUACUGUAAAGUUAAAGUCCGACUAAGAAGAAAUUAUUUACACCCAGCAGGGUAAGCAAAAUACAAAAAUACAAUGCAAUGAUGACAGGCUUGAUUAGGUCAGAUGUCAUGCUGCCCAUGUAAACUAAACGUGAUUUCAUUUCACACAGAACAGGCCAUGUUUUUAAAAACAUUUUCCUGUGUAAUAGGUGACUGUUUCAGACAAGUUCAAAUUGUUACUAUUAUGGCUCUUAGUCAAAAGAUUUUGAAGCAAAACCUUGAAUGAUUAAAUACCAUUUUAAAAAGUGUCUUGAGUGGGCACUGACAAGUUAUGACUGCAGCAACUUAAUCUAGAAGUUUUUAAUAUACAGCCUUUAUUUAAUCCCAAUCUCCACAGGAUAGUUUUUCACACAUUUAUAUCAAUGCAAAUGUCAUAGAAUUGUGGAAUAUCCUGAGGUGGGAGGGUCCCACAGGGACCAUCGAGUCCAGCUCCUGGCCCUGCACAGGACACCCCAAAAAUCCCACACUGUGCCUGAAGCACUUCUUGAACUCAGGCAGGCUGGGGCUGUGACCACUUCCCUGGGGAGUUCAUAUUAAAUACAUAAACUCACUGCUAAAUACAUUUCCUGUUUUCUCCCCAUCCAGUGGAUACACAUUAAAAAAUCCCAAUAACAAUCUCAUUCAUGACAAACAUAUAAAGCCUCAGCUUUUUUCCUUAGCCACCACUCUGUGCAGAGCUGCAGGAACCAUGCACAUCCACAGUGUUUCACUCAUUCCAACUUAAAGAAGGAAGGAACAGUUUGGGGAUUUUCUUCUUUUCCCCCUGAAGAAUUUCAUCC